AUGCAGUUCAGCUCGCUGGUUUUCCUAAUAUGUGCUGCAUUAAUUACAACAGUACUGUGUGAGGCUGAUUAUUACAAAAUCUUAGGUGUUGAUAAAAAAGCUAGUGAAAAAGAGAUCAAGUCAGCUUAUAGAGCCCUAAGUAAAAAAUUCCAUCCAGACAAAAACCCUGGUGAUGAAGAUGCUCAUCAUAAAUUCAUAGAAGUUGGUGAAGCUUAUGAAGUAUUGAGUGAUGAUGAAAAAAGAUCCACGUAUGAUAGAUAUGGUCAUGAUGGAUUAAAGAAUGGAGGUCGUCCGAAUGGUGGUGGUGGUGGUUUUGAUCCAUUUGCUGAUUUCUUUGGAUUUGGAAGACAAAAUCAUCAACAACAACGUGGUAAACCAAGAGGCCAUGAUGCUGAUGUUAAUGUUGAUUUAAGUUUAAAAGACUUUUAUACUGGUACAGAUUUCAAAUUUGAUGUGGAGAUGCAAAAUUUGUGUUCAAAAUGUGAAGGUACAGGCUCCUCUGACGGUAAAACUCAUCAAUGUGGUGGAUGUAAUGGUAGUGGUGUUAAAGUUAUGAAGAGACAAUUAGCACCAGGUAUGUUUCAGCAAUUUCAGACAACUUGUGAUGAAUGUGGUGGUAAAGGUAAGAUCAUAACGCAUAAAUGUAAACACUGUGGUGGUCAAGCUGUUACUCGUGGAGUUCGUCAUUUUGAAUUUUAUGUUGAGCCUGGUACUGCAAGAGAUUUCACUCAUAAAUUUAAAGGUGAUGGUGAUCACAGUCCAGAUUGGGAAGCUGGUGAUUUACUAGUACACCUUAAGGAGAGAUCACAUACAAACUCUGGUUAUCGUCGCAGAUAUAAUGAUUUAUACCGUACUGAAGUUUUAAGUUUGAAAGAGGCAUUGUUUGGUGAGUGGAAAAGGGAAAUUUUAUUCUUUGAUGAUGAUAAUGUCACCUUGACGAGGAAAAAAGGUGAAGUUGUGAUGGAUGGUGAUGUUGAAGUUGUUAAACACAAAGGUAUGCCAAUACUUGAAGGAGCAGAGGAAUUUGGUGAUUUGAUAAUAGAGUAUAAAGUCAUAUAUCCUGGAGGUGCUAAAGAUCAAAAAAUAUUUAGAGAUGAGUUAUAG